AUGAGUUUUCUACUAAAAGAAGUCAAUGAAUCAAAUAGAAAAGAUGUAGUUUUACUCAAACCCACACCAGCAUUUGUCAUUAAAUCAAAAGUAAUUGGAUACAAUCAACAGGUGGUGAGAACAAUUAAACUGGAAAGUAAUGUGAAGAUAUUUAUAAAUUUAUGCUAUGAUGACCAAGUUCCCCAGCCUGACGUUCCCUUUAAUCCAAACAUUGUUUACCCUUUAAUUAUGAAUAACAAGUGGGAGAUUCCUAUAGUCACGUCGUCAAUUCGUAGUGAUGUAGAUAAAAAAGGAAACAAUUGCUAUGUAUGUGAUUGUUGUAUAAAUACUGAAUGUAUUGAUUGGAUUGUUAAAGAUCUCCAGUUGAGAGAAAUAUUGAUAGAAUGGUGUCUAGAAUCAUGUGAAAUAAGAGAGUCACUUGAAAUUUCAAGAGAUCAUAUUGCAUUUCCAAAAUUAAAAUUAAAAGGUGAUUCUAUUCCUUCGAUAGAAAUCUUGAAUGAUGAAUUAACAACAGAUGUUGAUAAAAAAAUCUCUGAUGCAUUAAAACCUGAAUUGUUUUCUGAUCCUUCUAGCUUCUUUAAAAUGAAAAGAAGUUUGAUAGAUGAUGUGGAUGACCAAGUUAUGGGUGAUACGGAUGGCGAAUUACCGCCAUUAUUUCCUCGAGCUGAAAUUGAAACAAUGUCAAAACCAUUGAUCCAAGAACUAACUGAAUUAGAUUUAGAUAAAAACAUAAAGCGAAAUAACAAUACACAGGUUGUCGAACGAAAAGAGGUUACAUUUGAUGUUACAAUGCGUAAAACGAAAGCUACUGAUGUAUAUAAACUCAAGAUUGAAGUAGUGAGUAAUAUUAACUCAAGUUUAGAUGUGGAUUUAAAUUACUCAGAAAUCAAUAACGAAUUAAUUGUUUUGAAUACUAAUUUAAUUGAUUUUAAGCCAAAGGAAGUCAAAAUUCCUUUACCAGACAUAUUCAGCAAAGAAAACGUCUCAAAUAUGAAAGUGUUCUUUAUAAAAUCUGAAAGAAAAAUGAUUAUUUAUAUAUAA